AUGAACGUCUUCAAACUCCUCUCCCGCUCGUCAAAAGCCGCACAAUCUGCGCCCUCGCAGAAGCUUCCUUCCGCCGGCGCAGUUCCGAAUCCGCAGCUAUUCCGCGACGAUGAACCAGUCACGGUCUCUCCAGAUACAAGAAAAAGCAAAAAGCGAAAGAGAGGGAAGGAUGCACAAGACAUGUCUGCGCCGCUGCCGGCUGACCUAGAUUUUUUUGGCACGUCGAAGAAGGAAAAUGCAGAGCCUGCCAUACAAGCUACGGAGAAGGAACGAAAGCGCACCAGCCAAUCCCAGACUGACACCGAAAUCAACGGCGCACAAGAGGAAAUGGAAGCAGAACCAUACGACGAGGACGAAAGCAAGCGCAUCCUGCGAUCGCACAAGUUGAAGGUCACAGUGCUCGAGGACUUCGCGCCGCAAGAGGACGAAGCGCAGCCCGAGAAGAAGAAAAAGAAGCGGAAGAAGGAGAAAAAGAUCGUGGAAAAGAAGAAGGAUGCGAAGAAGCAGUUAUAUCCUCAGCCUCUUACUUCCUUCGCGCAGUUGCGGAUAAGAUAUGGCAUUUCGAGGAGGUUGGCAGAGAAUCUGAGCGAACAGGCGUACAAACUGCCGACUGAGGUGCAGCUUGGUGCUUUGCCGCUGCUGCUGAGGUCGAGGAAGACGGAGCAGGAGGGACAGAAUGGGAAUUCGAUUUCAGCGAGCGCCUCUGGUGCGGAGUAUGGUGGUGAUGUUGACCUUCUAAGUGUUGCGCCUACUGGAAGUGGAAAAACAAUAGCGUUUCUGAUUCCGGUCAUUGAUGCGCUCUUGUCCGAGAAAGUCGCGGAAGGCGACGACGGUCCCCGAGCUAUCAUUAUCGCACCUACACGAGAAUUGGCGUCGCAGAUUGUGAAUGAGGCGAGGAAGCUCUCGAAGGGGACCGGACUGAAGGCGACACUCAUGAAGAAGGGAAUGGAGGUGGUCGAGCGGCCGGAAGAAGAAGACAGCAAAGACGAGGCAGAAGCUGCCAGGAAUUUUGAGGAAGAAGAAGAGAGCGCAUCGGAUAGUGGUGACGAGGAGAAGGUCGUGCAACAGAAGAAGCGAAAGCGAAGACGAGCAGACAAAGUCAAGGCUGCGAUACUGGUCACCACCCCAGCAGCGUUGCUCAACGCGCUCAAGCAGAACGACGGUUCCCUUGCCUCCCUCCUGAGCGUCCGCCAUCUCGUCCUCGACGAAGCCGACGUGCUCCUCGACCCUCUCUUCCGGGAGCAGACCGUCUCCGUAUGGAACGCUUGCACAAACCCCCUCCUCCGUGUCGGCCUUUGGUCCGCAACCAUGGGCUCUAACAUCGAAACUCUCGCCAUUUCCACCCUGAACACCCGCUGGACUUCCCUCUCAUCCACCAACACAACCCUCCCCCUCGCCGCCCCCUCAUCCGCCUAG